AUGGCAGAAAAAUAGCGAACAGGACAACAACAAGCCGCCGAGCAGAGCGCAGAGUAUAAAAUGUCCCUGCAGAGCUGCGAAGAGCGUGUCAGUCGGAUGCAGAGGACUCACAUCGGAUAACCAUGGCAGGACGACUACACCUCGUCCUCAUCCUCGCGGCAGUGGUGCUGGCGACGGCCGUCGAGGGCACGCUCCGCACCAAGCCCCGGCUGCUCAAGCCCAGGCAGCAGCAUCGCUUGGGCGGCGCCCUCGGGGCCGCUACCACUGCCCUGGCCGACCUGGACUGCAACGGCCAGAUCGCGUCCUGCUCCGACUGCACCACCAAACUGACCUGCGUCAAGCUGCUCAACAUCUUCCGACCCCUCAGCACGACGGCCUGCCCUGCCAGCACCCCCUACUGCGUCGGCGAUGGCCAGUGCUCGGCCACCCCCGAGAACGAGACGUGCCGCCAGCAGGCCGACAGGGCCACAGACUUCACCUGCGUCGGCGACGGCUACUUCCCGUCGCCGGCCAACUGCCGCAAGUACUACUACUGCGCGGACAACGUGCCCUACGAGUACGACUGCACGCCGUUCGGCACCACGAUCUUCGGCGCCGCCCGCGCCAUGUGCGUGCCCACGACCGAGGCCACCUGCAGCGUUGCCUCCUGCACGACGGCCAACAUCGGCGCCUACCAGCAGUGGCGCGCCGACAGGAGCGUCUACUUCGUGUGCACCGACACGGACCCCGCGCACGCCUACGUGGCCGACUGCGGCGACGACAGGCAGAUCGACGCGCAGGGCGACUGCGUGCUGACGUGCACCCGCGAGGGGCGCAUCGCCAACCCCGACGACAAGCAGCAGUUCUACGAGUGCGUGCAGACCACCACCACCACGUUUGUCGGCCCGACGGCCAAGACCUGCCCGGGCACCUCCGUCUUCGACGCCACCACGGAGCGGUGUGUCACUGGCAGCAGCGACCCAGAUCCGACCCCGAGCCCUGGCUCUAUUGAGGAUUACUACGCCCCCACCGCGGGCAUCGAUGAGAACACGAUGUACAAACUCCCCGACGGCUUCCGUUUCGGCGCCUCAUCCGCCGCCUACCAGGUUGAGGGCGGCUGGAACGCAGACGACAAGUCUCCAAGUAUCUGGGACUCAUACUUCCACCAGCGGCCGGGCACUCCCAACGGCGACGUGGCCUGCGACUCUUACACGCAUUGGGACAAGGACAUCGAGAUGCUCAAGGCCCUCGGGUUAAAUUCCUACCGGUUCUCUCUGUCGUGGACGCGGAUCCUGCCCGACGGCGACUCAAGCACACCUAGCCUCCAAGGCGUCGCGUACUACCAGCAGCUCAUCCAGGCCUUGAAAGCAGCGGACAUCGAGCCCAUUGUGACGGUGCACCACUGGGACAUCCCGAACAAGUACCAGGAGUACGACGGCGGCUGGCUCAGCGAAAACAUAAUCGACCGCUUCGUCGACUACGCCGACUUCGUGUUCGGAACGUUCGGCAAUGAUGUCAAGACGUGGGUCCUGAUGAACGAGCCACACAUCUUCUGCUCGGGUGGGUACGAGACGGGCAGCGCGGCCCCCGGCGUGUCCCAGUUGGGCACCGGCGCCUACCAAUGCGUCCACAACAUGAUCCUGGCGCACGCCAAAGCCUAUCAUCUGUACAGUGACAAAUACCGAUUAACUCAACAAGGGAAGAUCGGUUCGUCGUUGGACAUUCAGUACGCGGAGCCAGCCACCGACAGCCAGGAGGACAAGGAGGCGGCCGAGAGGGCCAUGGUGUUCGGGCUGGCCUGGAUCGCGGACCCGUUGAUCUUCGGCGACUAUCCGCAGCUGAUGAAGGACAUGGUGUUGGCCAACAGCCUCGGCGCCGGACUCACCACGUCCAGGCUUCCCAGCUUCACCGAAGAACAGAAGGCUAUGAUCAAAGGCACCCUCGACUUCAUGGGCAUCAACCACUACACCACGACCCUCACGACCACGGCGGUGCAUACGGAGCAGGUGACGCAGGCGUCGUACACGAACGACACCAACACGGUCGGCACAUCCAGACCAGAGUGGCAGCACUCGGCGCGCUACGUGUUUGCGAUCUGCCCAUGGGGCCUGCGGGGCACCCUCAACUGGCUCAAGGCUAGGUACAGCAACAUCGCGGUCUUCAUCACCGAGAACGGCUACGGAGGCCCCGAGGACGAGGGCUUGCAAGACCCCAACCGGACGCGGUACUACAGCACCUACCUGCGCGCCAUGCUGAGGGCCAUCCACGAGGACGGCUGCAACGUGAUCGGCUACACCGCGUGGAGCCUGUUGGACAACCUGGAGUGGACCAGCGGAUACACCCCCAGGUUCGGUCUGGUGCAUGUCGAUUUCAACGACCCCCAGCGUACGAGAACACUAAAGGAAUCUUCGAAGUUCUUCCAGGAAAUUAAGAGCAGCGGCGGUUUGGUCAAGUACUACGAGUAAAGUCAAUUGUCAACCAUUAAGCGUGCAAAGUAUCCAAAAGUCAGCUGUUAUGAUUUGACGCAUAUAUCCCAUGUACUAAACAUCUAUACCAUUUAAUAAACUCUACUGUGAUACAA